AUGGUGUCCUUUACCCAAUUGUUCCUGGCGUGCUCUACCAUAGUCGGUGCCUUCGCUGUUCCCGGCGACUGGAACAAGCGCCAGACGAUCACGACCAGCCAGACUGGAACCAACAACGGCUACUACUACUCAUUCUGGACCAAUGGUGGUGGUACCGUUGACUAUACCAAUGGUGCUGCUGGAGAGUACAGUGUCUCCUGGACGAACUGCGGUGACUUCACUUCCGGCAAGGGCUGGAGCACUGGAGCCGCCCGGGACAUUAAUUUUUCGGGAUCUUUCAAUCCCUCGGGUAAUGCUUACCUUGCCGUCUAUGGCUGGACUACUAGCCCACUCGUCGAGUACUACAUCCUGGAGGACUACGGUACCUACAACCCGGGUCCUAGCAUGACCCACAAGGGUACUGUUACCAGUGACGGCGCUACCUACGACAUCUAUGAACACCAGCAAGUCAACCAGCCCUCGAUUCAGGGCACUGCAACCUUCAACCAGUACUGGUCGAUCCGCCAAAGCAAGCGCUCUAGCGGUACCGUGACUACUGCUAACCACUUCAAUGCUUGGGCUUCAUUGGGCAUGCCUCUGGGUAGCCACAACUACCAGAUUGUCUCCACUGAGGGUUAUGAGAGCAGUGGCUCUUCGACCAUCACUGUUUCGUGA